GGGGACGAGGCCGCGGGGCGGCGGCGGGCGAGCGGCGCGAUGCGGCCCGUGGACGUGGACGAGGUGCGGGAAGCCGAGGAGGAUUCCGAGAGGUCCCUGAACCCCGUCCUCAACGCCAUCCGGGAGGACGUCGCCUCCCUGGAGCGCGAGCACGUCCGGGCGCACCUGAGGGCCAGGAGGAAGCUGAUGGAGAUCGAGAGCCUGCUGGACGAGAUCAAGAGCGAGGUGGAGGCCUCGGAGGAGAGCGCCAUGGAUCCCGGCCGAAGCCCGGGCGCUGAGGCCGAGGAGCGAGUGAUGAGGCUGUGCGAGAAGGUGGAGAGAAAGGCCCUGGAGGCCGCGCUGAUGGGGAGGCGGAUAGUGGAGAGUCACCAGCAGAUGGAUCGCUACGAAUGCUACUGAAGGCCUCGGGAGCGGGUGAGUCACGGUCCGAAAGGGUGAGCGGGGAGCCGGCACUCAGAGAAGAGCUUGGUAGGGGCAAGAAUCCUUCGUGUUCCAUCUUCUCCGGGUUCGCCACCCGGCUGUCUCCGCAAGCUGCUCUCGGAUCUUUGAACUCCCGCCCAGUUGCUGUUGAGGUCAAAUCG